AUGGGUGUCAUGCACGACUUGAUCGUUCCUGGAUCCGGAACAGUAGCGGAGGUGCUAUCUACAAUCCAGCAGCUAUGUGGAGAAAUGAAGGAGUGCCAGGACCCGUGCACGCGCCUUUACCAGAGACUCAAGAGCGUGCUCGACAGUCUUGUGAGCCUCGAAAAGAACAAGACGCGCCUCCCGCCGCCUGAAGCACUUGGCAAGUACGUGGCUGUCAACUCUACGACCUUGAGCUAUCUGGAGCACUACCGAGGGAAGAAGCUGGUAUUCCGUUUGAUGAAGCGCCAAGCGAUGAUGGACGAACUCCGCGCGAUCCACGAAGAGACCGACAAAGUCGUCCUUGCAUUGGGUCUCACCACCACAGACAAAUGGAAGCAACAGUUCGAAGCUGAUCAACGCACCCACCGAGAACGUUUGGCUGCCUCGGUUGAUAAUGCCCAGGAGGUGUUGGCUGAGCUUCAGGACGCUCGAUCGCAACAAGAGACCAUGCUGACGCUCAAGUACGAGGUCGAGCUACGGCCAGAGCAGCACGACGAAGACAUGGCGAAACUGCUGAGGACGAUGAUGGCGACGGUGAUCCGAACGUCCACGACUUCCGUUCCAAAGCUGCCGCCGUGGUUCCUACCGCCCUAUGAAGUUCGCUUCAAACCGAACCCAUUCGCCCGUGGAUCAUUCGCGACUGUGCAUCGUGGCGUGCGUCGGCCAAAUGCCAACGUGGUCGUCAAGUGUUUCCUCGUCGAUGGGGUUGACGUAGACGAGCGAACCAGACAAAACAUCGAGAUGGAGAUGAAUCUCUGGCACCAGUUUGACCACCCGAACGUGAUUAAACUGCUGGGUGCUUCACACAUCAGCACGCCUCCAUUUAUCGUCUGCGAGGACGCCACCAACGGCGAUUUAAGUUCAUUUCUUGCUCGGUCAGACGUCAACAAGCAGCAGUUGUGGAGGUUGUUGUACCAGGCAGCGCUUGGCUUGGAAUACAUCCAUACGAAAAGUGUGGUGCAUGGAGAUCUGAAGCUCAACAACGUCCUGGUUGGAGCGGACGGGCAGGCCAAACUCUCAGACUUCGGCUUGAGCGCUGUGCGGACCUCGGCCAUUCUGUCAGAGACUACAGGAGAAACGCCCUACACUGCUGGCGCCUUGCGUUGGCGAGCUCCCGAGUGUCUGAGGAGGGCGCCGACGUUUGCCUCGGACGUGUACUCGUUCGCAAUGUGCAUUAUCGAGGCCGUGAUCGGCGAACCUCCUUUCGCGUUCCUGGACGACGACAGCGUUCACGAGAAGCUCAGGAAGGGCGAAAUCCCUGACAAGCCCGAGAAAAUGUCUGCAGUGGUGUGGGAGUUGGUUGUGGCCAUGACGAACGUGGAUCCUGCCAAGCGGGCUAGUCUGUCACAGGUGCUCAAGGCGCUGAAAGAGUUGGCGGAUGGAGCACCGAGCUCGUCUCCGCAAUCGACUGCAAAAGCUGACGAGAACAAAGCAACCCCGGCUGAGAAUACGAUCGCUACGCGUGAGAAUCAUGAACCACUGCUCGACGCUGACAUUAUCGUGGACAUUCUUGACAACGUGGCUGGUAUGGACGAUAAGGGGAAGGAACAGAGUUUACUGCACCUUGUUCGAAUGUGCGUGAAGGAUGAGGAGCGCCCGGUGAUGUACGCAGCCAACGCGACCCAGAUCCUGACCAACUUGGUGAAAAGCAGUCGCACCUACUACACGAAGCUGUACGCGUUGCAGUGCCUGAAGUGGGCUGUCGUGGUCGACGCGAAGCUGUCACAGUCCGAGCUCGAUUCGCUGCGAGAUUGUGUUUCGGAUGUCCCGGCGAAGGAGCUCGCGUCAUUGGCGAGCGCUCUUACUAACGGCACCGACCAGGAGAAGGAAGAAGCCGCGUUACGUUGCGCGUGCAUCGCCGCCAGAGGAAACGGAGGCCUCUGGCAAGGUAUGACCUGGCUUCAACCUAUCGUCUCUUUCUGGCAGAGUUUGAGUGAAGCUCAGAAGUUGUGGAUCGGAACGGUGCAGCCUUUGGUCUCACUGCUGCAAAGUGGGAAUGACUCGCAAAAGUUGUGGGCUGCGGAAGCGAUCGGCAGCCUCGCGACGGAGAAUGAAGCCAUCCGAGCUGAGAUUGUACGAGCAGAUGCGAUCACCCCACUGGUGGAGCUUCUAAGUGCUGGUACCGAUGGACAGAGACACCGAGCUUCCUUUGCGCUGAAAAAUCUAGCGCUUCAAGCGGGUGUGUGCCAGUCCAUUGCUCAAAAGGGGGUCAUCGCUCCGCUGCUCAGAUUGGCGCGACUUGGAACCGCGCAGCAAAAGCAAACAACUUCAGCUCUACUAGGGAGUCUCGUUCUACCAAGCUACCCGAACAAAGCCGACGUUGAGCACGAAAGAAGCAUCACCCCGCUGGUUGCGCUGAUUGUAAUCGGAUCGGACGAGCAGAAGGAGACUGCGGUGGCAGUGCUAUCAGAUCUUGCCAAGGACGAUGCCACACAGUCCGAGAUUUCGCGUACAGGAGGAGUGGCACCCUUGGUUGGCCUCCUGCGUACUGGAACCAAUGCUCAAAAAGCGCAUGCUGCGAGUGUAAUCAUGAAUCUCGCCUGUAAUGGUACUACCAGCGCCGAGAUAUCCCGAGAGGGUGGUGUCGCCCCGCUCGUUCUGCUGGCAUGGAAGGGAAACGAGCAGCAGAAGACAUCCGCUGCGGGCGCGUUGCUGAAGCUGAGCUUUGACGUCGAAAUUGGAGCUGAAGUCGUAAGGUGCAAAGGUGUCAGCCCUCUCGUUGAGCUCGCCCGAACCGGAACCGAUCAGCAAAACGUUUAUGCGGCUGGCGCGUUGAGGAAUCUCGCCAUCAGCGACGAAGUUUGUGCGGAGAUCUCACGCGAAGGAGGUGUCGAGGCUCUCAUCAGACUUCUCAAGUCUGGAACGGAUCGACAGAAGGUGGGGGCGAUAGGAGCACUCCUGAAUCUUUAUUCAAGUGCUGCAGCUCGCUCCGACAUUGCCAGUAGGGGAGGUGUUAAAGCGCUCCUUGAGCUUUUGCGGACGGGGACGGAUGAACAACAGCGCUUGAUUGCGUGUGGGCUGAGCCACCUGGCCAAGUACGAAGACGGUCGAGCGGAGAUUGCGCGUGAAGGAGGCAUCGCACGGCUUGUUGACCUUCUACGCGCUGGAAGCGAGCAGCAGAAGGGUUACGCCGCAGACACGAUUGGGGACCUUGCAAUGAGCAACGACAAGAUUCGAGCGGAGCUCAAGCGUGGACGAAGCGUGCCGUUGUUGAAGAAGAUGAGCCGAAGCGGGAGUGAAGAGCUGAAGGAGAGUGCAGCGCGUGCUCUGCAACAGUUGAACGGUGGUUCCUGUAUUAUCAUGUGA